UAGCUUCAAGAAUUUGUAAAACAACCACCGCGACCAACCCAAAAUAGAGAGAGAGCAAUCAAUCAAUCAAUUGCUCAUAUCGUAUCAUAUGUAUUGUGAUGAGCGAAUAUAGGCACUGUUAGGAUCAGCAAUGAAAGGCGUCUUUUCGGCGCCCGGUGAUUAUAUCUACUUCAAGUCUCAGGUCCCCCUUCACAAGAUCCCUAUUGGUUCAAAGCAGUGGCGUUAUUAUGACUUUGGUCCAAAAGUGGUGCCACCACUUAUUUGUCUCCCCGCCACAGCAGGAACAGCAGAUAUAUACUACAAACAGAUUAUGGCAUUGUCCAUGAAGGGUUAUCGAGUAAUUUCUGUUGACAUUCCUCGUGUAUGGAACCAUCUUGAGUGGAUUCAAGCAUUUGAGAAGUUUCUGGAUGCUAUUGAUGUUCACCAUAUACAUCUUUAUGGUACAUCUCUUGGAGGCUUCUUAGCACAAGUUUUUGCCCAACAUCGUCCUCGGCGGGUUAGGUCGUUGGUACUCUCAAAUUCAUUUUUGGAGACAAGUAGUUUCUCAGCUGCGAUGCCAUGGGCUCCCAUUGUUGGUUGGACACCUUCUUUUUUGCUGAAACGAUAUGUCUUAACAGGGAUUCGCGAUGGUCCCCAUGAACCAUUUAUUGCAGAUUCCGUGGACUUUGUUGUUUCCCAGGUUGAAACACUCUCAAGGGAGGACUUGGCCUCCAGGUUGACUUUGACAGUUGAUGCUGCUUCAGUUGGACCUCUUCUGCUUUCUGAUUCUUUUAUCACACUAAUAGAUACAAACGAUUAUUGUGCAAUCCCUCAACAGCUCAGAGAUCAAGUGGGUGAAAGGUACCCUGGGGCAAGGCGAGCAUACUUGAAGACGGGGGGCGAUUUUCCGUUUCUUUCACGUCCAGAUGAAGUUAAUCUUCAUCUCCAGCUACACCUGAGACGAGCAGGCGUUGAAGCUCGGCCAGACUUAGUCCCUGGCAUUCCGAAGGAUGGUAAUGACGGGAGUUCCAGCAAACAAGAUGAUGGAAAAGAAGAUGCUGAUGAUGCACGAAAGGAGGAUGAUGUGGGAAGCUCCGGAAACCCUUCCCCUGAAAGUCAGCCAUCUCCACCUCCAGAAAAUACCGAUGCUCACAAUUUAGAUGACCAGCUCCUCAGCAAUGCAAAAGUUUGGGCCAUCAAUGCUGAAUAUAUGACACCCCUUCUACUGCAUGCAAUUCUAGAGAAACAGCAACACUUAAUAACCAGUAAAACCUUUCUUUACUUCACAUGGGAGUUCUUUGCUAUCCGUCUGCUCCCUCUCUACGUGGGAACCUUGUACUUUAAUUGGAAAUACUGUUGGGAACUUAGACAAGUUGUGUAAAUGGAAUAUUUGGACAUUGUUGUUUGUUGAUAUUUUCUUAUACAACCAGUUGUUGGAAGUUGAGUUUGAA